CAUACAGACAAAAGCAGGGACUGUGCAUUUGAUACUUCAACCAUUUCCGAACUGAACUGAGUCUGCCGUGACUGAACUGCCAAAGAAAAAGAAGUUCUGUUUCUGUCUAUACCGAGUUUCGUAAAUUCCAGCCUCCGUUGAGGACUAGAAAAAAACAGUGACGAUGAGCUUGAGUAAGAUCAACGAUCUUAAAACGUUUCUCCAAGCCUACGAGUUAGGGAAUAUUACCAAGAGUUUUCCAGACGCCGAGGAAGGUGAAAUGGAAGACUUUGACGGCGUGCGGAUAGGUCUGUUCGGUAUAACAGGGUCCGGGAAAAGCUCGUUCAUUAACUCGGUAGUCAUGGCCCUGAAAGACGAGGACGAGGGACCGGCCGUGAUACAGAGUACUGGUGCUGAAGGAACAAUCAUUUUGGAAGCCUUAACGAUUACCGACGGUUUCACCCUACUGGACACGCGAGGGUUUGACCUGCUCGGUGGAGACGCCGAGAAGGAAAUACUGGCCAUUCUGAACGGCGACAUUAAAGACGAGAGCGGCAUCGACAGAAAAAAGACCGUGAAAACGUCUCUGACAGGAGUGGGUACAGUACUGAGGGACGAGACUCACGUCGUUCUGUGGUUCGUGAAGGCCAGCGACCCUCGGCUGCACACAGGAGCCUACAGAUGUCACAUGGACUUCCUACGACAACAGCUCUUACGGCGAGGUGUGGGAACUAUGACCAUCCUCACGCACGAAGACGAGUUAGGCGCCCAGGAGAACACCCCUGCCGAGAGAAAGAAGCUCGCGGACGCUGCGCGAGAGAUCACCGGCAGCAUUCCAGACAACACCUACUUCCUGACAAACCUGAUCAAGGGACAGACAUUCUCCGACGAAAACAGACUGAAGGUUCUAGAGAUCAUCAAACGGUCACUGGAGCUCUCAGAGAGCACCAUCAAGACACGGCAGACAAAGAGGAAAAUGCGUGCAAUGAUGUCAAAACGUUAGCCUGUGUUAGAUAUGGUUACAAAAAGCAAAGAGAUCACUGCAGACAUAGCUUUUCAUCUCAUUUAUUCAGUACAUAAAUUUACUUUCACUGGAAAACGUUAUAAUUGAUAAAAGUCGUGAUAUUAAACUCUUUCUCUAAUAGUUAUCCCUUUUUUCAUAUAAGAAUUCCAUGUAAACAUUAUAUGGAAACAUGAGAUAACAUGUCCUUAUCUCAUUUUUUUCCAUAUAAGCAUACAUUCAACCCUUAUGUGGAGAAUAAAUGUGAGAAAUAAUCAAGUCUAUCAUUGCAGAUAUCGGCUCGUAUCUAAUCAAUUGUUUCAACAAUGAUGGCCUUAACAUUUAGUUUUGUCCAGCAUAAUUCAAAGUGUACGUGUAUCAGUG